AAGGAUACACGAAUAGAAUAUUUUUUAUAUAAUAAAAUGCAAUGUUAAUUUAGUUCGUAAUUAAAAAAACGGAUAGUAUACCAAAUAAAGUUUACCUUUGUAAAGAAGAACCAAUCGUAAAGCUUCUUUUAUAUGACAUUGAUGUCCAUGAAUAUCUCCCUUACUUUAACUAUUCCUUCUAACCUGAGAAUCAGUAACAAAAUAACAAUCAAAGGAGCACUGUUAUAGAGUGCAUAAUAUUUAUCCUUGUCAGUGUUAGUUACAUAGUUAAAUACAUAAUGGAUGUAUUUCUUAUGAUUCGACGAAAAAAUAUGACCAUAUUUACUGAUGCAAGGGACGAUACUACAGUUGCAGAGCUUAAAAAUAUGAUAGAAGGUAUAUUAAAAAUACCACCUUCAAAUCAGCAGUUGUACAAUAAAGAUAAUAUUGUGAUGUCAAAUGGUUCACUUUUAUCUGCAUAUGGAAUAACAUCUGCAACAGCAAAACCACAGUGUCCUGCAUUAAUAGGGUUAGCCAUACGUGAAGACAAUGGUAGAUUUGAACCGUUAUCAAUGACUCCAUACUCAUUACCACCGGACCUACCAGAUGUGAUGAAAUCUCAAGAAUGCAACGGCUUUGAUCAUAUAGCUGGUCUCAAUGUUCAACAUUGAAUCAAUUGACAAUAAGGGUGUGGCAAGACAAAUGGUACAACUGGAGCGAAGGUGAUUCUACAUAUAAAAACAAAGAAUAAAAUUCUUUUAGAGAAAGCUAAGUUUUUCCAAAAAAUCAAAUUUAAGCUUCUUCUAAACCAACACGAAAUAUUCGCAAAUAAUUUCUUUGUAUUUUUAGCGAAAAGUUUUCGUAUUGGUGUAAACGAAACUAUAUAGUUUUAUUUUUUUUUAAACAUCAUAUAAAACUAUAUAAAGCUAUCACGUACACGAGAUUUCUUGAUAACUCAUCUAGUGCGUGUAUAAUUAAAAAAACUAAACUUCUUUAUACAACAAGUCUUAAAUAUAGAGGUUAACGGUGAUUAAAUGUACGUCUGUUUUUAAGUCCUAAUUAACGCAUAUAAAUCAUUGCCUUAUAAAUAAGAUAAUUGUAGUCUAAUGCUAUGGCAUUUUAACACAUUAAUUGUAUUCAUUCCCAAAGACUGCAUGUAAGGAUUUGACCUCAUGGUUGAUCAUAUUAUUUCAUAAUCUUCUUGCUCCAUGCAGGGUAUGGGUAUACACCAUGGAUAGUAUGGAUAGGUACUUUUAAAGAUCAAUUAAACUUUAUAAAUUACGAUAUCGAAAGACGCUGAUUAACGAUAGAGUUUAUCAUGUAAAAAGUAGAUAAAAUAUAUUAUUCAGUUUAUCAGACAAAAAAUAUAGACCUAUAAUGUAAAUAUCAAUUAUCCUGAUCUGUUAUUCAAUGUCAUUUUCUGUGACAUCAAUAUUUCUAAACUACAAGUUCACAAAUGAUUAAGUAUUGUGUCUGUAUUAAAAGAAAAAGGUCUUGUAAAUGUUGGUGCAUUCUUCCAUAAGGUGUAGAAUGUAAAUUAAAUAAGUAUUACGUUGUCUGCAUACUUACUUUAGCAUUAUUAGUAACAAUUUUAGAGAUUAUUAUAUGUAAAUUCAAAUGUCAUCUAACACCACCACUUUUGUAGUAAAUAUUGAAGAGACAUAAAUGUUACUAUCAUUUAACUAUAUUCAAUGGAGGAGUCCACAGAAUGAAAAAAUUAAUUAAAUACAUACACGUUAAACUGAUGUUUAAAUUAAAUUUUUUUGAAAAUUUAUUUUGUUCCGCUCUGUAUUUAUAUAUUGUUACAAUUUGUUUAUAUGUCAGGAUA